GUAAAUUCCGAUUCUUCCAGAUUACUUAAUCUCCUUUGAAUACAAAGAAUAUUAAACUCGCCUAAAUUUGGUAUUUACUUUUUUUUUUUGGAAAAAUAUUUCACAGGAAAUUGUAGUGGCUGAGAUUUCUCCUUCUCCCCCAAACCGUAGUUUAUGGUGUUUUAGGUCUCACCAGAAACACGCAAACUUUCACUUCGAGCUUUACUUCUUCAAUUCCUUCUAAAUAUAAAGACUGUUUUCCGAUGCCGAUUCCGAUCUCUCCAACAGGUCGCUGUUGAAUUAUUUUUUCUCAUUCGUGGAUCAUUGUUUCCAGAAUUCUCGUCUUCCAUGGCUUUUUCUCAAGGUUUUGGCGUCAACGGGUUCGUUUUGCAGUAUAUAACUAUAUUCAGCUUUUUCGGAGUUCAAAGACGGCUUUGCUAUUUGUAGUGUUGGAUGUCAAAGGAAAUCAAAGGAGUUUCGUGUCUUACUCAUUGCUCGUUGCAGAGGAUUUGAAGCAGCGGUAGCGCUGUCCAGGUACUGUCAAUGGACGCAUACUCAUCUGGCGAAGAACUAGUAAUUAAGACUAGGAAGCCUUAUACUAUUACAAAACAACGUGAACGAUGGACUGAGGAGGAGCAUAACAGGUUCCUAGAGGCCUUGAAGCUCCAUGGACGAGCUUGGCAACGCAUUGAAGAACACAUAGGAACCAAGACUGCUGUUCAGAUCAGGAGUCAUGCUCAAAAGUUCUUUUCAAAGCUGGAGAAGAAGGCACUUGCCAAAGGUGUUCCAACUGGUCAAAGUCUUGAUAUAGAAAUUCCUCCUCCACGCCCAAAAAGAAAACCAAGCAACCCUUAUCCUCGAAAAACGAGUGCUGCUACCUUAGUACAGAUGGGAAUGAAGCAUGGAAAAUCUGAAACUCCACCAUCUUUUUUGCGUUGCAAACAGGUGUUAGACUUGGAGAAAGAGCCACUUCCAGAGAGACCUAAUGAGGAUGAAAAGUCUUCAAAUCUGCAGGAAAAUCAAGAUGGUAGUUGCUCUGAGGUUUUUACCCAUAUCCAUGAAGCAAACUGCUCCUCUGUGUCUUUGGUGAACAAGAAUUCUAUGCCAACACCAGCAGCGAUCAGAACCUCUUGCACUUUUAGGGAGUUUGUACCUUCGCUAAAAGAGACAAUUAAUAAUGAUACAAGUCAGACUUCAGACUUGGAGAAUUCUUGCACUUCAUAUGAGAAACAAGCUCAAGGCCAGAGAAAAGAUGAUACGGAAGGUGCUGUACGUACAGAUGAGAUGAAAGUCGCUCAAAAUUACCCUCAGCAUGUUGCUGUGCAUGUCCUAGAUGGAAGCCGGGGAACAUUUGCUCAAAAUCGUUCCCUGGAUAUGCCUUUUCAGGACUCUAUAUUUCACCCUAUGGGUGAUUUUCAUGGACAAGCUAACCUGUUUGCAAAUCCGGCUGCAUCCACUACUGCUUCACAUCAGAAUAAUGCACCAAGAUCAACUCAUCAGGCGUUUCCAACCUUUCAUACUCCCUUUACGCAUCUGCAGCCCAAUCAAGAGGACUAUCAAUCAUUUUUACAUGUCUCCUCCACUUUUUCCAAUCUCAUUGUAUCUACUCUGUUACAGAAUCCAGCUGCUCAUGCUACUGCAAGCUUUGCAGCUACGUUUUGGCCAUAUGCAAAUGUUCGACAUUCUGCUGAUUCUCCCACUUGUGACCAGGGAGGUUUUCCUUCCAGACAAAUGAACUCUGCUACAAGUAUGGCUGGAAUUGCAGCUGCAACUGUAGCAGCUGCCACUACAUGGUGGGCUGCCCAUGGGAUGCUUUCUUUAUGUGCCCCUCUGCACACUGGCUGUACAUGUGCUCCUGCAUUUGCAGGUACUGUUCCUCCUGUGGAGAGUGACCAAGCUCCAUCUGCCAAGACGGGUGGAAAAAAUAAUGCUGAUCAAGAUCUAUCCAUGCAGAACCAACAGUUGGACCAUGGAUACUCUGAAGUUAUGCAAGGUCAACAUUCCGCAUCUAAGUCACCUACUUCAUCAUCAGAUUGUGAAGAGAGCGGUGAUGCAAAAGUAAAUAUUGAUGUGAAAGAUGCUGGAGUAACCGAGCCUCAAGAUGCAAAUAAAACAAACAAGAAACAAGUUGAUCGGUCCUCAAGUGAUUCUAAUUCACCUUGUAGUGAGAUGGAGAUAGAUGUAUUAGAAAAGCACGAGAAAGACAAGGAAGAUCCAGAGGAAGCUGAUGUAAAUCAUCCACAAGCUGAAUGUAAUAGUCGUCGUGGUAGAAGCAGUAUGAACCUGAGUGAUUCUUGGAAGGAGGUAUCUGAAGGGGGCCGACUUGCUUUUCAAGCCCUCUUCUCCAGAGAAGUACUGCCACAAAGCUUUUCUCCACCACAUGACGGCAAGAAUAAGGAGCAGAAAAAGGAAAAUAUAGGCGAAGACAAGCAAAAUGCAGAUGAGAAUAAUGGAGAGACAUCAACUUUACACCUCACAAGCCAGGCAAGCAGAUCUUGUUCUGACCAUCGAGAAGUUGAGAACAAUGCGUUAUCAAAAGCCAAGAACAUUGUAGAAAAGAGCCAGCCGACAAUUGAGCUAGGACAUGAAAAGCUUAAGGGCCGCCAAACAGGAUUUAAACCUUACAAAAGGUGUUCUGUGGAAGCCAAGGAAAGCAGAAUGAUGAACACUGGUAGUCAAGGUGAAGGGAAAGACCCGAAGAGGAUACGCUUGGAAGGGGAAGCUUCUACAUACUUAAGCUAUAGCGCAUUCAAUUAACGAAGAAAAUUUUCUGUUAGCUGUGUGCAUUUCUAAUUCCCCCCUUCCCCUAAUAUCUGACUUACGGUUUUAAUCUUAAAGACUUGCAGUUAACGGGACUUCAUGUCUAGAAGUGUGUACUAUAUAUACGUUGGCUUGUUCACUUUCCGGGACCAUGCAACUGUAGCUAAAAAAAUUUAGAUAAGAAGCAUCUAGCAUAUUGAAUGGCCUUUGCUUUGGCUUCUUUUCAGCAUAUAUUUGCCCUUGUGUUUUAUUAUUCUACUAUGGACCUAUGGUGAUCAUAUUCGCUGUAACCUUUUAGAUGCAUUGAAACGGCAAGCUACACAAAAA